CCUCACUUACGGGCUGUGUGUUCCAUACACAGGAAGUGACUUUCUAUUGGUUGCUGCAGCCUUCCAGUUUCCGUCGUGAUCAGACCACUGACCUGUGAGGAACCAGAGUGUUUACUAGACGUGAGGAUGAGAUGCAUCACUGAUUCCCUGAGGAUGGAGCACGACAGGAGUCACAUGUCUGAGAGGAUCCUAAAUCUCACCCUGGAGAUCAUCUACCUGCUGACUGGGGAGGAUUACACCAUAGUGAGGAAGAUAUCUGUUGAGUGUGAAUUACCAAGCAGCAGUUCUAUCAUGUCAGGAGAACUGAGCAGGACCCAGAGCCCCAUCACGGUGCCUCAACCUCACUCACUGAUACAUGAGAGAGACAAUGACCAGAAGAUCCUGGUACUCACCAACAAGAUCAUUCAGCUGCUGACUGGAGAGGAGGGGGAGUAUAUAGAGGAACACAGGGGUCUGUACAAGGACGUGAUGAUGGAGAAUCACCGGCCCAUCACAUCACUGGAUGGGCCCAGUAACAGAGAUACCCCAGAGAGAUGUCCCCGUCCUCUGUAUUCCCAGGAUUGUACAGAGGAGAAUCACAGGACCCCACAGGAGGAUCAGGGUGAAGAUCUGACUAAUAUAAAGGGAGAAGAAGAGACGUAUGUGGCUGAUAUGAGGGCAGAAGAUAUAGAGGGAGAAGAGACGUAUGUGACUGAUAUGAAGGCAGAAGAUAUAGAGGGAGAAGAAGAGACGUAUGUGACUGAUAUGAAGGCAGAAGAUACAGAGGGAGAAGAAGAGACGUAUGUGACUGAUAUGAAGGCAGAAGAUACAGAGGGAGAAGAAGAGACGUAUGUGACUGAUAUGAAGGCAGAAGAUACAGAGGGAGAAGAAGAGAUGUAUGUGACUGAUAUGAAGGCAGGAGAUAUAGAGGGAGAAGAAGAGACGUAUGUGACUGAUAUGAAGGCAGAAGAUAUAGAGGGAGAAGAAGAGACGUAUGUGACUGAUAUGAAGGCAGAAGAUACAGAGGGAGAAGAAGAGACGUAUGUGACUGAUAUGAAGGCAGAAGAUAUAGAGGGAGAAGAAGAGACGUAUGUGACUGAUAUGAAGGCAGAAGAUAUAGAGGGAGAAGAAGAGACGUAUGUGACUGAUAUGAAGGCAGAGGAUACAGAGGGAGAAGAAGAGACGUAUGUGGCAGAUAUAAGGGCAGAAGAUAUAGAGGGAGAAGAAGAGACGUAUGUGACUGAUAUGAAGGCAGAAGAUACAGAGGGAGAAGAAGAGACAUACGUGACGGGUGAUCAGCAGUGUAAGGAGGAGAAAAUCCCUACAGAUAUCAGCACAGAUGAAUGUAACAGAAGAAAUAUAUUGGCUGAACGUCCCAUUGUAUCUCCAGAUUGUGAAAUUGAAGCUAAAGACAUCAUGCGAGAUUCUCUGGAAGACCAUGUGAUCCCAAUUAUACAUCCAGUACCUCACAGUGCAGAUAUAUCAUCUGUUACCUUUAAUCAUGAGGAAUUUUCACCUGAUACCUCAGAUAUUGGUCAAUCUAUCACAUCUCUUAGAGUUGAUACACCAUUUCCCAAUGCUGUACAUGACCUAUGUUUUACUCAGAGCACAAAGAUUAUUACCCAUCAGCCACCUAAGACAGGUGAGAGGCCAUUUCCAUGCUCUGAGUGUGGGAAAUGUUUUACAUACAAAUCACAGCUUGUUAAACAUGUGAGAUGUCAUACAGGUGAGACACCAUUUCCAUGCUCUGAGUGUGGGAAAUGUUUUAGACUGAAAUUAGAUCUUGUUAGACAUGAGAGAAGUCACACAGGUGAAAAGCCAUUUCCAUGCUCUGAGUGUGCAAAAUGUUUUACUCAGAAGUCGCAGCUUGUUCAACAUGCGAGAUGUCAUACAGGUGAGAAGCCAUUUACAUGUUCUGAGUGUGGGAAAUGUUUUAGUUUCAAAGUAAAUCUUGUUAGACAUGAGAGAACUCACACAGGUGAAAAGCCAUUUUCAUGCUCUGAGUGUGGGAAAUGUUUUACACGCAAAUCAUAUCUUGUUGUGCAUGAGAGACAUCAUACAGGUGAGAGACCAUUUCCAUGCUCUGAGUGUGCAAAAUGUUUUACUCAGAAGUCGCAGCUUGUUCAACAUGCGAGAUGUCAUACAGGUGAGAGUCCAUUUACAUGUUCUGAGUGUAGAAAAUGUUUCAAACGCAAAUCACAUCUUGUUACACAUCAGAGAAAUCACACAGGUGAGAAACCAUUUCCAUGCUCUGAGUGUAGAAAAUGUUUCAAAGACAAAUUAUAUCUUGUUACACAUCAGAGAAGUCACACAGGUGAGAAACCGUUUCCAUGUUCUGAGUGUGGGAAAUGUUUUACUCGAAAAUCACUGCUUGUUGAACAUUUGAGAAUUCACACAGGUGAGAAACCAUUUCCAUGCUCUGAGUGUGGGAAAUGUUUCACACAGAAAUCACAUCUUGUUAUACAUCAGAGAAAUCACACAGGUAAGCUGCCAUUUCCAUGUUCUGAGUGUGGGAGAAGUUUCAAACACAAAUCACUACUUGUUACACAUCAGAGAAGUCACACAGGUGAGAAACCGUUUCCAUGUUCUGAGUGUGGGAAAUGUUUUACUCGAAAAUCACUGCUUGUUGAACAUUUGAGAAUUCACACAGGUGAGAAACCAUUUCCAUGUUCUGAGUGUGGGAAAUGUUUUGCACAAAAAUCAGCUGUAAUUGAACAUAAGAGAACUCACCCUGGUGAGAAACCAUUUCCAUGUUCUGAGUGUAGAAAAUGUUUUACACACAAAUCAUAUCUUGUUAGACAUCAGAGAAUUCACAUAGAGGAACACAGGGGUCUGUACAAGGACGUGAUGAUGGAGAAUCACCGGCCCCUCACAUCACUGGAUGGGCCCAGCAACAGAGAUACCCCAGAGAGAUGUCCCCGUCCUCUGUAUUCCCAGGACUGUACAGAGGAGAAUCACAGGAUCCCACAGGAGGAUCAGGGUGAAGAUCUGACUAAUAUAAAGGGAGAAGAAGAGACGUAUGUGGCUGAUAUGAGGCCAGCAGAUACAGAGGGAGAAGAAGAGACGUAUGUGACUGAUAUGAAGGCAGAAGAUAUAGAGGGAGAAGAAGAGACGUAUGUAACUGAUAUGAAGGUAGAAGAUACAGAGGGAGAAGAAGAGACGUAUGUGACUGAUAUGAAGGCAGAAGAUAUAGAGGGAGAAGAAGAGACGUAUGUGACUGAUAUGAAGGCAGAAGAUAUAGAGGGAGAAGAAGAGACGUAUGUGACUGAUAUGAAGGCAGAAGGUAUAGAGAGAGAAGAAGAGACGUAUGUGACUGAUAUGAAGGCAGAAGAUACAGAGGGAGAAGAAGAGACGUAUGUGACUGAUAUGAAGGCAGAAGAUAUAGAGGGAGAAGAAGAGACAUAUGUGACUGAUAUAAAGGCAGAAGAUAUAGAGGGAGAAGAAGAGACGUAUGUGACUGAUAUGAAGGCAGAAGAUAUAGAGGGAGAAGAAGAGACGUAUGUGGCUGAUAUGACAGCAGAAGAUAUAGAGGGAGAAGAAGAGACGUAUGUGACUGAUAUGAAGGCAGAAGAUAUAGAGGGAGAAGAAGAGACGUAUGUGACUGAUAUGAAGGCAGAAGAUACAGAGGGAGAAGAAGAGACGUAUGUGACUGAUAUGAAGGCAGAAGAUACAGAGGGAGAAGAAGUGACAUACGUGACGGGUGAUCAGCAGUGUAAGGAGGAGAAAAUCCCUUCAGAUAUCAGCACAGGUGAAUGUAACAGAAGAAAUAUAUUGGCUGAACGUCCCAUUGUAUCUCCAGAUUGUGAAAUUGAAGCUAAAGACAUCAUGCAAGAUUCUCUGGAAGACCAUGUGAUCCCAAUUAUACAUCCAGUACCUCACAGUGCAGAUAUAUCAUCUCUUACCUGUAAUCAUGAGGAAAUCUCACCUGAUACCUCAGAUAUUGGUCCAUCUAUCACAGCUCUUAGAAUAGAUACGUCAUUUCCCAAUGAUGCACAUGACAUAUGUUUUACUCAGAGCAAGAUUAUUACCCAUCAGCCACCUAAGACAGGUGAGAGGCCAUUUCCAUGCUCUGAGUGUGGGAAAUGUUUUACAUACAAAUCACAGCUUGUUAAACAUGUGAGAUGUCAUACAGUUGAGAGGCCAUUUCCAUGCUCUGAGUGUGGGAAAUGUUUUAGACUGAAAUUAGAUCUUGUUAGACAUGAGAGAAGUCACACAGGUGAAAAGCCAUUUCCAUGCUCUGAGUGUACAAAAUGUUUUACUAAGAAGUCGAAGCUUGUUCAACAUGUGAGAUGUCAUACAGGUGAGAAGCCAUUUACAUGUUGUGAGUGUGCAAAAUGUUUUACUCAGAAGUCGAAGCUUGUUCAACAUGUGAGAUGUCAUACAGGUGAGAGGCCAUUUACAUGUUCUGAGUGUGGGAAAUGUUUUAGUUUCAAAGCAGAUCUUGUUAGACAUGAGAGAACUCACACAGGUGAAAAGCCAUUUUCAUGCUCUGAGUGUGGGAAAUGUUUUACACGCAAAUCAUAUCUUGUUGUGCAUGAGAGACAUCAUACAGGUGAGAGACCAUUUUCAUGCUCUGAGUGUACAAAAUGUUUUGCUGACAAAAUACAGCUUGUUAUACAUGAGAGAAAUCACACAGGUGAGAAGCCAUUUCCAUGCUCUGAGUGUAGAAAAUGUUUCAAACGCAAAUCAUAUCUUGUUACACAUCAGAGAAGUCACACAGGUGAGAAACCAUUUCCAUGCUCUGAGUGUAGAAAAUGUUUCAAACACAAAUCACAUCUUGUUACACAUCAGAGAAGUCACACAGGUGAGAAACCAUUUCCAUGUUCUGAGUGUGGGAAAUGUUUUACUCGAAAAUCACUGCUUGUUGAACAUUUGAAAAUUCACAUAGGUGAGAAACCAUUUCCAUGCUUUGAGUGUGGGAAAUGUUUCAGACAGAAAUCAAAUCUUGUUAGACAUCAGAUAAAUCACACAGGUGAGAAACCAUUUCCAUGCUCUGAGUGUGGGAAAUGUUUUAGACUGAAAUCAAAUCUUGUUAGACAUGAGAGAAGUCACACAGGUGAAAAGCCAUUUCCAUGCUCUGAGUGUACAAAAUGUUUUACUCAGAAGUCGAAGCUUGAUCAACAUGUGAGAUGUCAUACAGGUGAGAAGCCAUUUACAUGUUCUGAGUGUAGAAAAUGUUUUACACACAAAUCAUAUCUUGUUAGACAUCAGAGAAUUCACAAGUGAGAGGCCAUUUCCAUUUUCUGAAUGUUGAAAAUGUUUUAUACACAAAUCACAGCUUGUUAUCAGAGAAGUCACACAGGUGAGAGGCCAUUUUCAUGCUCCGAGUGUGGGAAAUGUUUACACACAAAUCCACUCAAUAUUUUUAGAGAGGAUAUUCUAGAGUUGGCUUUCAAAUAAAAGAACAAAAUACAACUUCAUUAAUAAAGGGAAUGGAAAAAUGAUAAAGAGAGUUUACAAAAAUAUUUGUUUAAUUUGUAUAAAAAAAGCAAACCCCAUUGAGGUGACCUAAUUAAAAUUUAUAAAUAUAUUUGAGAAACAUACAAAGAUUUAACAAGCACAUCACACUAUGCUCAUGUACAAUUGUACCAUUAUUUUUAUGAUUGUAUUUUGUUCUUGAUUUAAUAUUAUUUUUAUUAAUACUUUACAAACAAUAUAGUACGGGCAAUUUGUUACAUGUUACUGGCGCUGUGCAGACUCUGUGUAGAUAUAGAAAAAUGUGGAGACUUUGUAUAAAACAUUUAAUAAUCAAAGUGUAACUUUCAAUAUUAGAAAAUGUCAUUUGCAUAAAAAAAUCUCAAUAUAGCAGAGAUUAAAAAUAGGAUUAUACUGGAGUCCUAAUACAAUGGGGGUAUAGAUGGGGUCC